AAAAAGAAUUAAAGCACAAAAAUUAUUACAGUCCACAAAAUUAGGCCAAAGUUCCCUACAUUCUUGCAUCAAGUAAUCGAUUGAUUAGCAGAUGACAGUUUGGAAUUUCAAACAGCUUGUUUUGAUAAUGAUGAAAAUUUAAGUGAAUUUUAUUGUCCUGGUGACUCAGUGGUUAAAGCUUUUGCUUUGUGACUAGGGUAUCAUGGGUUCAAGUCCAGUGUGUACCAGGGUGGUGUCAAAGCUAAGAUGUAAAAUUAAGUAACGACUGCUCCUUUUCCAUGUGCUCGGCAUUUAAAAGUGAGUCACUGGUCUUUCAGAUCAGACCUUAAAGAGUCUAGUAACUGUGUACUACCUUUCAUAUGUAUAAAAAAUUUAGUGUCUAUAGUCUUUUACUAAAUGCAUACCUUUGUGAUUUAGAAGUAAAAUCUCAGAUACAAUAUCACAUAAAGGAUUUUAAAUUGCAGAUAAAUUUGGAUAUAUUUUUUUAAUCUUACAGUCAUUUGAAACAAAAACUAUUAGCUGUCCAUUUUCUUGAUCUGUUAAAUAAAUGGAAGUAAAUUUUAUGAAAUAUAUUACACACCGUCGUUGUGUUUAUAAUGAAUGCUCUUUCAAUAUUCAUUCGACAAAGUUAAAAUGUUUUGUGAAAACCUAGAUUGUAACACUAUACAGCAUUGUUGUACUGUAUACGUACUGCUCAGCUGUAUAUCGGGACUCUAUAGACAUCUGAGUUCAGGAGACUAAUGUGUACACUAGAAGCUGAAUAUCAGAUCCCAGAUCAAAAUUAUUUAAAAUUUAUGCAGAUUUGUAUGCACUAGAUUAUGUAAUUUGGAUAGGUGUUGUAAAGUUGGUCUUAAUUAUUAUCAAUUUUUUUUACAAGGCUUAUAGUGUAACGUAUGAUUAAUUAAUCAUUCAUGACACUUUAUUGUUGCCGAAAUAUGUGACAUAUAUGAAAGUCUCGAAAGAGGUAUCAAGUACAGUGCAAAUUGAAGACAUAUUUUAAACAUGUUAAAAGGCCACAGUUUUCUAUUUGUUGGUUUACAUAUUCUGGUGGCUAUUUAUAGCCACCGCCUUAUGCUGCCACUUUUGUGGGUCUGUGGGCAUUCCUGUAUAUACACGGGGAUCCUAGCAGCGGAAAUUUGCAGGCAGAAAAUCAAGAAAUUUGAGGUGGUUUUUAUAAUCAAAAUUAAAUGUGUAUGAUUGUAAACAGUUUUUGAAGCCUUUUCAAUAAUAGUUUGUGCUAUGUACAUGAAGAUCAUUCCCAAUUACUGAUGUGUUAUACAUUCCUUGAUUCAUAAAUAUUAAUAACAUACAUGUAACUUCUUUAUAAUUACUAUUUCAAUUAAUUCUUUUCAAUUUUGGUAUGAAGGAUCUUUAGGACAAGCAGGUCUUAAAUUAUAGAUAUUGCCAUAUUGGUACUCCUGCACUUUCGGGGCCUGGGAUGGGGCAAAAGCUGCCAAAAUUUGACCAAUUUGCAAAAAUCUUCUUUACAACAUCUGUAAAAAAAAAGACUAAUGAAUAGUCAGGUAGAACACGGAAGGGGUUUUGGUUCCUGGUUGGGGCCAAAAGAUCACUGCUUAUUUUCUUUAUCAUUUAAAAGACUUCUUUAAUUUUGCUGAUAUGGUAAAACAAAAAUAAAUGCAUAUAUUUAGGAUAAGCAGAAAUGGAUGUACCAAAAUUGUGAAUUUCAUAACCCCAGGAUUCUGACUGGGAUGAGUCCAAAACAGUCAUAUACUGGGUAGUAUUAAUAUACAACAUAUAUUAUGUAAAUAAUAAAUUCAUCAGUAGGGGCACUCUCAGAGGGCUUUGUGUUUCCUUGUUUUAUAUUGCUACUGAAUGUUAGAAUAAUAUUACAUGUAGCUUAGAUAUGCAGAAAAGGAAAAUUAUUCUAGAUUUCAUAGCACUUGGGUCUAGUGAUACUUUUAACUACUACUCAGGUGACCCUUAAGGUCUGUGGGCCUCUUGUUUUAUUUUAUUGGGGUGAAAGCACAUAGUUUAACUUUUAGUAUCAACCAGGGAUAUUGGACUACACCCAGUUUAAUGAAAGGAUCAGGGUUAUAGUCAUCUUAAAAAGAUAGCAUUACUCUUAUUAUUUCAAAAACAAUACACACCAUGUAAUUUUCAAUACUUACCAGAGGUAAUUUAUGGAAAAAUACUUUUGAACAAAAAGCAAUAAGCAAUUUAAUCUCCAGAAAUGUGAUUCAUACUACUUACCUAUAGUAAUUCAAUGCAUGGACCAGAGGAAUGAAGUAUCGGCUCAUUGCUUGGUGUAGUGUAGUCAGGGGAGGCACACUGCAUGCAGGCCCACAAAACAUCUUUGUGACCUAAAUAUACACCAGGUAUUAACCAGUGAUAAACAAGGGGGUUGUAAACAGAGUUGAAAUAAUAUGUAUCUUACAUAUUUAAAGUUUUGUGUCACAUGGACCAGUGACAGUCAGGUUUGCCCCAGGGAUCAGUUUUCUAUCUAGCUAUGGUAUUUGUGACACUAGGAUUGUGCUCGAGCCACUGAGCUGUGAAACGUAUGACUAGAAUAUAGUUAUUACAGAUUCCUCUUGGAUUUCCCUGCUCUCAGUCAACUGGAACAUUUCAAAUUGUUGUGCAGGACUUGUGACCAUCUGCUGUUUACCUGGAUUAUACUUUGUUAAUUGGAGUUUAAUUUUUAUAAAUGAUGAGAUUGCGAAGAAAGAAAAAAGACAAGAAAAAGAAUGGGGAGAUGAAGUCAGCCACGCUGAGCAGCACAACACAACAUACUCCUCCACCGGAGAGGAAAAGCAAGUUCUCUUCCUUUGGGAAAAUAUUCAAACCCUGGAAAUGGAAACGGAAGAAAAAGAGUGAAAAGAUCGAGAGGGCAGCCAAAGAAAUUGAAAGAAAAAUUUCAAUUAGGUCAACACGAGAAGAAUUAAUACGCAAAGGUGUGUUAAAAGAUGUUGAUGCAGAUGUGACAUCAAAGCAGGCAUCAGGUGAUCCCAAGCCUGCUGAGAAUGCCCAAAGUCUGCAGGUGGAAGUUACCACAAAUCCUAAUCAUGUGGGCACAAAGGCUGUCACAGAAGUUAAUUCAUCGGAAAUAUCAUCAUCAGCGUGUAAUGGAACUGCCACAGUAGACACUGUUUCCAUGGAAACUACACCAGUUACUAUAACAACCCAAGCAGAGAUCACUUCCUGCUCAGCGAAUACAACUGCAUCAGUGUUGACUACAGCUCAGGUCAGACCGAUGGUAUUCCCACAUCUUCAGGGCACCAGCACACCCGAUUCUGCUGUGUCCAACACAGCGUUUGAACAAGCACCACCUCCAGAAGAAAAACCCGUUGAUCCACCUCCCCAACUCUCUCCAGGGAAGGAAGAGGCGGCUGAGGAGCCUGUGGAAUUCAGUGAUCCAACUGGAACAUUCCAGAUAGCACCUGCUUCUGACUGGGACAACUUGAAACUACCUAAAAAGAGUGCAUUAAAGGGGGCAGGGCCAGCUGACUCACCCCCAGCAACUGAUUUUCCCUCUGUUCAUUUUUCACAUGUAGAAACCAUAGAAUCACCACCCAUGGAAGAGACAGUACAAGCCAGUGAACCAAAGUCCUCACCAAAAGCAACACCAGUAGCAGCACCUAGGCCAAAACUCAGAGGGGGCCUUGUAAAAUUUACAGCUAGUGAUAAUAAAGAAAACCAAACUGACACACCUGUGGCCAAACCGUCUUUCACAAACAGUCAAGUAGACAAAGGCACCAGGCCAGAUUAUAACCCUGCAGAUGACUCCUCAUCUGAUGAUGAGGAGAUUCGUUAUCGUGAUGAUGAGGAGGAGGAUGAGGAGGAGGUUGUGUCAUCACUUGCAGCAAAGGUGGCUCGACAAGAUAGUUUGGCCCGGUUCCUCAGCAACCGACCUUCAAGAAUAGAACUUGUGGAGAAAAACAUUAUUCAGGAAAAAACGAUAUCACAGAAAGUGGAAGACAGACAUGCCAUUGGUAGCAAAUUGAUCAGGCGACUGAGUUUGCGACCGACACAGGAAGAGUUAGAGCAGAGGAAUAUUCUCCACACCCAGUCUAUUGACCAGGCGGAGAAGGAUAAGGAGGAAAAGAAACGAUACCUCAUAAGAAAGUUGAGCUUUAGACCCAGUAUAGAGGAAUUAAAAGAGAGAAAGAUCAUCAAAUUCAAUGAUUAUGUUGAGUGGACAGAUGCCCAUGAAUAUGAUAGACGGGCGGAUAAACCAUGGACCAGACUGACGCCCAAGGACAAGGCUGCUAUUAGAAAAGAAUUGAAUGAAUUUAAGAGUAAAGAAAUGGCUGUUCAUGAGGAGAGCAAACAUCUAACAAGAUUUCACCGCCCUUGACAAUAAUUCUGAUAUUUCUGUUGACAAUGUCCAGGAACAAAGGGCCUAUGACAAACACAAACUUUGAGCAGCGGGUCCUGUAUAUUUAAUCGUUUGCUCACGGCACAACAUGAUCAGGGAGUCCAUUAGCAGCUUCUGUUUAUACUUGAUUCCUCUGUGAUGAUCCGUCUUUCACUGCUUCUUGUAGUUAUUGUUUAUCGUCCACAAUAUUCCUAUUCAAGCUUUAGUUUGGGGGGCUCUUAAAAAUUUGUUAUCUAAUUUCAUAAAUUUCUAACAAGAUGGGAUAAUUUAGGUAAUGGAGCUUUUUGAGGCAUUGCUAAUUUUAAGCACAUUCUAAAAUGACUCCCGUUGAGAGAUGCUUAAAAAAAUUGUGUGCAAUAUGAAGGUAUGCCAUAACAAGAUAAAUGACUCCACAGCUGGAGAGCAUGCUGGUGUACUCAUGAGAUGCUGGUGGUGUAUAUCACUGGAGGGUCAUUCACUCACACGUCUACGUAUUUAUCCAUUUUGAGCAGUUUGAGCAAGUUUAUAUCUGGGAAUGCAUUACAUUGAUUGGUUUGUUGGGGGUUUUUUUCACCACGCAUUUAAUGAACAAAACUGAUGUACAAAGAUCUAUUGUAAAGUAUUAAGUCAAAACUUUACAGAGAAAGUUGUUUUAACUAAUCAUAACGAGACUGGAAAUUCCUUUCUUUUAUGAGAGAGAACAUAGAUUUUUCAUAUUCACCAAGUCUCAUUUCAUUUUUCAAAAAUUUUGGGGUAGACUUUCGUUAAAAGUGUAUGAUUUUUUUUUUACGUAAACAUUAGACUGGUGUUAAUUUUACAAUCUGAUCAGAAGAGAAACUUGAUUUUGUAUUGUGUGGUUGUUCUGUGUGUUGCUGAGUGAAUGUCUGGGUUUCAUUGUGAAGACUGAUAUUCAAGAUACAUUAGUAUUCAAAGGUAGAGGUGAUUGCUAGGUAGAAGCUUCAUAGAGUUUUGUUUCAUGGCUUUUUUGACAAUUUUUUGCUUCAUUGCAAUUCACAUGCUUUGUUCUUCUCUGCCAGGAAAGCCAAAAUGAAGUCAAGAUGAAAAAUAGGAUAAUAUUAUAGAUUCUUAAGUAAGCUUUGUAUUUAAAAAAACCAAAUAGUUUAAUACAAGAUUUGAUGUUAAAAGGCCUGUAUGUUUGAAUUUUUAAUAUUGGGUGUUGUUAACAAAAGGAGAUGCAUUUAAAUGCGGAAGCUAUUGUACAUAAAGUGUGCUUAUUAUCAUUAAUUUAUGAUCAGUGAUAGUGCUAUGUUUUCUUCUAAAACGGCCUUUACUUCGGUUUUGUAUUCAUGGCUUUCUUGUGUAUUAAACUAAUGGUAAACUGGUACUCAACUAUAAACAGUAAACUGGUACUAAGGGAGAUAAUCCUGGUACCACUAUAUGACACUUGGUGUCUUGUAUCAGUAAACCUCAUCAGUUCACACUCAUUCCAUCAUUACAUUUUGUCCGAAGGAAUAAUGAAUUCACUUCUGAACAUUUCUGUGAUAAUGUAAAUCAUUUGCUCUCACUUUUAGAAACAGAUGGUAAUUUUUAAUUAUAUAUGUACAUGUAUAAUAAAAAAAAAAUAUUGGAUGUAAACAUGUACAGCCUUAUUCUGUCAAACUUUGUAAUACAUCAUUUGUGAAUAUGGUCUAUAGAUGUAACAGUACAUGGGUUCAUGAAUUUAGCCCAUCAUUUUUAUACUGUUGAUACAGUAAAAGUUAUGAAUAAACUGUAUGAAAUACUU